AUGGUGCUCGCGGCCCCGCUGCUGCUGGGCUUCCUGCUCCUCGCCCUGGAGCUGCGGCCCCGGGGGGAGGCGGCCGAGGGCCCCGCGGCGGCGGCGGCGGCGGCGGCGGCGGCGGCGGGGGCCGGGGGGGAGCGCUCGAGCCGGCCGGCCCCGUCCGUGGCGCCCGAGCCCGACGGCUGCCCGGUGUGCGUGUGGCGGCAGCACAGCCGCGAGCUGCGCCUGGAGAGCAUCAAGUCGCAGAUCCUGAGCAAACUGCGGCUCAAGGAGGCGCCCAACAUCAGCCGCGAGGUGGUGAAGCAGCUGCUGCCCAAGGCGCCGCCGCUGCAGCAGAUCCUGGACCUACACGACUUCCAGGGUGACGCGCUGCAGCCCGAGGACUUCCUGGAGGAGGACGAGUACCACGCCACCACGGAGACUGUCAUUAGCAUGGCCCAGGAGACGGACCCUGCAGUGCAGACAGAUGGCAGCCCUCUCUGCUGCCAUUUCCACUUCAGCCCCAAGGUGAUGUUCACAAAGGUACUGAAGGCCCAGCUGUGGGUGUAUCUACGGCCGGUGCCCCGCCCAGCCACAGUCUACCUGCAGAUCUUGCGACUGAAACCCCUAACGGGGGAAGGGACUGCAGGGGGAGGGGGCGGAGGCCGGCGUCACAUCCGUAUCCGCUCACUCAAGAUUGAGCUGCACUCACGCUCAGGCCACUGGCAGAGCAUCGACUUCAAGCAAGUGCUACACAGCUGGUUCCGACAGCCACAGAGCAACUGGGGCAUCGAGAUCAACGCCUUUGAUCCCAGUGGCACAGACCUGGCUGUCACCUCCCUGGGGCCGGGAGCUGAGGGGCUGCAUCCUUUCAUGGAGCUUCGGGUCCUAGAGAACACAAAACGGUCCCGGCGGAACCUGGGCCUGGACUGUGAUGAGCACUCGAGUGAGUCCCGCUGCUGCCGAUACCCCCUCACAGUGGACUUUGAGGCUUUUGGCUGGGACUGGAUCAUCGCGCCUAAACGAUACAAGGCCAACUACUGCUCUGGCCAGUGCGAGUACAUGUUCAUGCAAAAGUAUCCGCACACCCACUUGGUGCAACAGGCUAAUCCAAGAGGCUCUGCUGGGCCCUGCUGUACUCCCACCAAGAUGUCCCCAAUCAACAUGCUCUACUUCAAUGACAAGCAGCAGAUUAUCUACGGCAAGAUCCCUGGCAUGGUGGUGGAUCGCUGUGGCUGCUCCUAAGCUACGCUAACCCCCAGCCUCUCCUCUCUGGCCCUGUUCUUCCAUCCUUCUACCCCAACCUUGGAGAACAAGAUACACCUGACCAUCAACACCAUUCACAUUUCCUUGGUUGAAGGAGAGGAACAGAGAAGAACAGAAGAUGUCUCCUCCAAGAUCAAAUGCUCAUGUCUCUUGAUCUUGGCACAGGGUGGGGGUUGGACAAUAGACAUCAGGUGACUUCCCUCUACAAAUUCUAGAGAGCUGGAGCAUUAGACUUGGGGGACACUUACAAUAUGCCCCUUUAACACCACCAAGUAAAGACCUUUGUGGGUGGGGAGGGUCUUUUUCUUCUGAACAUAAAUUAUGAGUUAAAGUCUCAUUCCCUUGGUCCUCCUCACCCCCAAAGAGGCAUGGGUAAAGAGGCUUGGGGGCACAGUCCAGCAACCUAGUGGGAACUAGCAACCCUUCUCCCACGUUAUGAUGUGUGUGGACCUGGCCAGUGCCCCUCUGAUCAUAAGUAGUGUAAUUAUUAUUUACUUUGUGUAUUUGUUACACCAUGUGUGUGAUUGCCUUUGUUUGUUAAGGGUGACUGAGGAGUAUGGGGGUGACAGGGGCACUGGAAUGCCGGGAAAGGACUUCUUCACUGAGAUCAAGGCUUCCUGGAGGGAACCAUUGCAAAAAGGCCAUCAGGCAGUUUUCAAGUUAUGUGACAGAGGGCAAAGAUGGCCAUAGGGUGCUCUGAGUUUUGGGAUGGUCACAUGACACAAUCCAGCACUUGAACCUGAAAAAAAAAUAAAUAAAUAAAAGCAGUCAAAGAGU